UGAUGACGCCAUUGGGCGGCGACGGCGGCUCCUGGGUCCGGGGAGGCGGCGGCGGCGCAGGGAGCCGGAGCGAGGCCCCGCUCUGCGGGGAGGGGGGCACGUCGGAGCCAUGAAGGAAACCAUCCAGGCCAGGAAGCUGUGGGGCCCUGGCCUCCGUGAGGCCCACAAGCGGGAGAGGCUGCGCCUGGCGUCCCAGGACUGGGAGGAACUCACCCCCCCGGCCCCCAAGCAUGGCGGCUGCUUCGAAGGCAGGCGCCGGCUGGCCUACACCAAAGAGCAACCCCCGGGCUUCGCGAGCGAGGAGGAAGGCCCCGCCGGCGACUGGGACUUGCCUCGCGUCUCGGGCUGGGCCCGGAGCAAAACCGCCGGGGAGAAGGUGGCCAGGAGCGGCGGCCCAGACUGGCCUUUCGCCGGCGGGGUCGAGGGGCGGCCGCCGCUCUCGGGGGCCACCAGGCGGCGCUGCCAGCUGCGGCGGCGCCAGCGGGCCCGGCGGGCUCUCCGCAUGCUGCUGUACUCCAAAUGCUCCUCCUUGGCCUUCCCCUGGAAGCUGUGGGGCAAGCUGGCCUGCCGGGGGCGCCGGCGGGGCAGCGCCAAGCAGUCUCGCUCCUCCCUCUCGCCCGGCUCCCAGCCCGACGACGACCUGAAAGGCUGCCCCCUGGAGGAGGAGGAGGACUGCCAGGGCGGGGCCAAGCCGGGGCCCUGCCCCUUGCGCUUCCGGCCCCGCCCCUCACCCCAAUUGGACUACCACCUGGGCGGCGCCUUUGCCCCCUCGCCCCCCCGGCUCAGCCUGCUGGGGGCGCUGACGGGCGAGGCGCCCGGCUCCUCCUCGUACCCGCAGUACGCCCAGCUGCAGCGGGCGGACGGCGCCAUGGAGGUGGGAGGGGAGGACGGCGCCCGGCUCCUGGCAGAGCGGUCCUCCCCCGGGAGCAGGAGAGAGGCGGCAACGCUGGACGGGGACCCAGGCCCCACGGGCCCCUUGCCCAACGGCUUCGCCUCCCUGGACGGCGACCUCGGCGGCCUGGCCACCACCUCCUCGGACCCCAGCAUCGUCAUCAGCAACGUGUGCAGCAUCGGCGCGGCCCACGCGGUCGAGGAGUUCUUCCGGGCCAAGGACGGGCCCGGCGCUCCCCAGCGAGAGGCACCCCCCGGGGAGAAGGCGGCGCAACACAGUCCCCUGCGGGAGGAACACGUCACUUGCGUGCAAAGUAUUCUGGAUGAGUUCCUUCAGGCCUACGGCAGCCUGAUCCCCGUCAGCACGGACGAGGUGGUGGAGAAGCUAGAAGACAUUUUCCAGCAAGAGUUUUCCACACCACAGAGGAAAGGCACAGUGCAGCAGCUGAUCCAGUCCUACCAGCGCAUGCCAGGCAACGCCAUGGUGAGGGGCUUCCGGGUGAAUUACAAGCGCCACGUGCUGACCAUGGACGACCUGCAGACGCUUUACGGCCCCAACUGGCUCAAUGACCAGGUCAUGAACAUGUAUGGGGACCUCGUCAUGGAUACGGUGCCAGACAAGGUCCAUUUCUUCAACAGUUUUUUCUAUGAUAAGCUACGAACCAAGGGGUACGAGGGGGUGAAACGCUGGACCAAAAAUGUGGACAUCUUCAACAAGGACCUGCUGCUCAUCCCCAUCCACCUGGAGGUGCACUGGUCCCUCGUCUCUGUGGACGUGAAGCAGAAGAGCAUCACGUACUUCGACUCGCAGCGAACACUCAACCGCCGCUGCCCCAAGCACAUCUGUAGGUACCUCCAGGCUGAAGCAGACAAGAAGGAUCGGCCGGACUUCAGAGAUGGCUGGAGGGGCUCCUUUAAGAUGAACGUGGCCAGGCAGAACAACGACAGCGACUGUGGGGCCUUCGUCCUGCAGUACUGCAAGUUCCUGGCCCUGGGCCGGGCGUUCACCUUCACCCAGCAGGACAUGCCGAAGCUACGACGCCAGAUGUACAAGGAGCUUUGCCACUGCAAACUCAGCGUGUGAGUCGCCCACCCACACGCCCACCUCUUCCCUUCCGGCUGGGGCCCACGCGGACACCGCCUCCUCCCCCCCAGCUCUUGGGGGUGGGGGGGCGCACCCCGAACCCCGGAAGGACGGGCCGCGGGAAGGGGCAUUAACUCUGUUGCAUUGGAACUGUUCAAGCCAGGGUGAGGGAAGCAGCUAAUCCCAGCUCCCCCUGCCAACCAGACUUUUGGGGGACUUUUUUUACUUUGGGGGGGCCUCCCCCUUUCCCCCUGGUUCUAUAUUAUUUUUUUCAUAUUUAAACCCAGUUUCCCUUGUUACAUUUUGGGGCGGGUGGGGGUGGGCGGCUCAUGGUAAAUACACCCCCUACCCCUGAAUUUUGGGGACACAUCGGCUUUGGGGCAGAGGGGUGUCACUACGGGGGGGAGGAGGGAGGAGCCAUUUCUUCCCGGGGAAGGGGGGCGGCGGGGAGAUGAGUUUGGAAUCUCUACCCCCACCUUUUCUUCUCCCCGGGGGUUAUUUGUGUUAGUGAAGUUGUAUGUUGGGGGGCGGGGGGGGAUGACAAGUUUAUACACUGGGCUGUGAAAUGAGAAACAAGCAUUUUUUUUUUUUAUAUAUAUAUAUAUAAUGCGGCAGCGAAUUGUUCUGGGCAAUAAACUUCCUUUCUUUGGAGAA